AGAGAGAAGCGGAGCCUUUUCAUUUUCUCUUUCGGUGCCGUUACGUGCGGUCGUGUUUUUAUUUUAUACCUGAGUACGAGAGUAGUACCGCGAAAAAGAAUUAUGUACGUAGAAGUACUAUAGUGUUUUUUCAUUUUACGAUUAUUAUUGUUAUUAAAUAAUAAUAAUAAUGAAAACUCUUAUAAUUAUUGUCAAUUUGUUAUUAAUAGUGCGUUCGGAAAAAUGCGAAACUAUAUCGUUGUCAAUGUGCAAAAAUCUAGGAUACAAUUCUACGUUGAUGCCGAAUUUGAUGGGCCAUGAUAGUCAAGCCAGUGCAGAUUUGGGGCUUCGUUUAUUUGCUCCGUUGCUCCACCACCACUGCUCCAAAUACAUUAGGCUGUUUGUGUGCUCGGUGUUUGUUCCGAUGUGUUCGGAGCACGUUCCCGGACCGAUACCGGCUUGCAAAGGGCUGUGCGAAAAGGUGAAGGGCGAUUGCGAAGAAGCUUUGGCUAAAAUUGACAUGGCUUGGCCUCAGGAACUUAAUUGUUCUAGUUUUCCAGAACCACCAGCCUUAUGUAUGCAGCAGCCUCCGGAAGAGUUCGAACAGCCCCAAACGCACUAUUUCAACCAAGAAGAAGUGACGUUCAGCAUCAAGUGUCCGCCCAAUAUGAUUCCCAGUGCGGGAAAGUGCGUUCCGGUGUGCAAAAGCAAGCAGCACUUUGAUCCGGAAGAAGUGGCAACGUUUGAGCUUUGGGUAGCAAUAUGGUCAAUCAUCUGCCUAGUAUUCACCGCCUUUGGCCUCGUAACCUUUGUAAUCCAACCCAAAAGAUUCCGCUGGCCCGCCCGGCCAAUUUUGUACCUAACAUCUUGCGGAUUUGUCACAUGCACUAUUUACCUUAUACGAUGGAUCGAAGGGCCUUACACUUGUGCCGGUAAUUUGGCUUACGAAAAACCAGCUGAAAGUCUAUCAUGUGUAGGCAUAGCAUUGAUUCUACUCUUCUGCGAUAUUGCGUAUACUUUAUGGUGGACUGUUUUCUGUUUUGUGUGGUUUUUGAGUGCCAUGAAAGAGUGGUCUACUGAGGCAAUUGAAAAAAUCUCCACUAGACUACAUGCAAUUGUGUGGGUUUUUUCAGCUAUACCGAUGUUUUAUGUUUUAAUGUCAAACCAUAUUAGUAUUAAUCAUCUUUCAGGCUUUUGUGAGGUUACAAAUAAGGUUUUGGUGUUUUUUCAGCUAUUUUUUAUGGUUUUUAGUAGUGUUUUGGCUGUACUGACUUCUGUUGCUUUGAAAAAUGUCAGGCAAACUCUUAUUAUAGCUGGCAGAUGCCCUUUAAAACUAGAAAGACUAUUCUAUAGGCUCUUGGUUAUUAGUAUAGGAAUUAGUGUGCCUUAUUUAAUGUAUCUAAUGUGUCAGUUUUAUAACACUUUUACUCUAUCUCUAUUGAAACUAGUUCUACGCAAAACCAGCAUAAUUUUUGCCACGUUGUGGGUUUACAGUCCAAAGACUUUUGACAUGUGGCGGGAUUUGCUGUGUAUUUGCAGGAACAAAUCCGAAAGCCGAAUAUUUGGGUUGUUGCCUAAAAUCUUGAGAAGCAGGGAUAAUGGGGCUAAAUCUAGCAACAGUGCGUUGAUUAAUCAUAAAAUCGUAAAUGAUGAGAAAAGGAGGAUUUUUGAUAUAUUUUUCGCUAGUACGCAAGGGCAAAAUUUACCAGCACCUGUUACUAGAGUGUAGUUCACUUUCUCUUCAAAAUUGAAUCCACAAGCUUUAUAAUAUAUACACAGUGAUUUAUUUAGCUCAUGCAUUAAAAGUUUUCCAGACUAAUGCACGGGCUACGUAAAUCACCCUGUAUACAUAAGUCAUCAGGGACAAAUUAAUUAUGUAGGGAAAUUUUGAAACAUUUAUGCCAGAGCUAAUAGCUUUGUUCCAACACAGCAGGAAACCGUAAUGCGCAAAGCCUAAAAUUUGUGCGUGGAAUCCGAAAUUUGUAUAUACAGAGUGGUUUAUUUUGACAUGUUGGAACAGACUUUAUGUAAAAAUAAUAUAAGGCUUAUUUUUGUUUAUAUAUAUAUUGAUUGUAAAAUAAUUAUUUAUUUGUAAAAAAAAGUAUUAUCUAUUCAGAAUCCGUAGUCCAAAGUUAAAGGUAAAAUUUAUCACUUUUCAGUGCUAUUUGAUAGGGAAAGGUGAUAAAUUUACCUUUACCUUUGGACUACGGAUAUUGUGAAUAGGAUAUAAUAUGUAAUUCGAAAUGUGAUAUUAGAUUUUUAAGUAGCUAUUUUUAUAUACAUUUAGUUAUGUUUUAAUAACGUAUUAUGUGCCUACUUACAUGACAUAAAUAUAAAUAUAAUUUUCAAUAUAAACUGUUUUAGCUUUUAUUUUAUCAUGGAGUUUUAGAGUUGGAGUCUUUUUUCAAAAGCAAAAUGUCUCUACUCUAGUCGUCUCUGAUUUUAUACAGGGUGUUACAAAUUCGCCCACUACUACUACAGAAUAGCCUAUCCUCAUAAGGUCUGUGUGAAACAAAUCCGAAGCUUCCAUCACGCCAAAUCAUCAACUGUGACGUAACAGCGUGUCGUUUCUCGGCUUAACGUAGGCUGUUUGCAAGGACAAUACACACGCUAAGGAAUGCUUAUCGGCCUUGUUUUUGGUAAUCGCCGCCAUAUUGGUGUGCCACCAUUAACGACGUCAUAGCUAAGUCGUCAGCUGUGUAAACAGCCUACGUCAAGGUGAAAAAUAACAUGUUGUCUACGUCACAAUUGGUAUUUUGGCAUGGGGGGAUUUGUUAGUGUUACACACAGGCCUUAUGUAUGAGGAUAGGCCAUACUGUAGUAGUAGUGUGUAUCAGCUUUG